AAAUCCCGUAGAACAACUGUUAAAUUUAAUACAAAUAUGACGCUUAUUUUAAGUUUUAAAAAGGAACAUUAUAACCCUAUAUUAUAAGAUGUCAUUUGAAUUAUCACAGUCCAUAAGCAAAGCGGCCACUUCUUUCAAGAAUAAAGUAGGCAUGACUCAGCAAUACACAAACAAGGCUUACGAGUCAUUUCCGGAAGAAGAAGAGUACAAAAUCUCCGGAAGUGACGACAAUGAUGACGUCAGCAGUGAGGAGAGUGACAGCGCGGUUUCGACCAAUGACAGCGCUUACCAGACGAUCUCAAAGACAUCACGUGACUCCGCAAGCGCGGGAACAUCCGAUGUGAAACAAAGACGUAAAACGACGAAGAAAAUACGAGACUCCAACAAAUGGGACGUCUUCCGGGAGACAUCGCAUGACAACGUGACGUCAAGUGACCUUGACUUCUGGAAGAAGGCUUUCAAGGUCACCAAGGUAAUUUUUGCCGGCGUCCUGUUCGUCUUCGUCCUCGGAACCGCCGUCAUCUCAAAGGGGACGCUGUUUCUGAUCGUCUCUAACAUCUUCCCGCCGAACGCUUUACAGAACUCGACCCUGAAAACGGCGAACGGGUACUUCCGUUACCACACCACAGACACUGCGAUCACGUAUAUCUGGUCCCUGGUUUUGAUUGUCCUGGCUCCCUACGUAUUCACCAUCAUCUCCUGCCUGUGGAGGCUUACUUUUAAGAAAAUUCGGCCGAUAGAAAUCAAGCCUUUGCUUUUGAUGCUCGUUUCGGAGACUGCGCACUCAGUCGGCCUGAGUAUCUUCCUGUUCGGCCUGCUACCCAAUCUAGACCCUGUUUCCGGUUCCGCUUUCUGCAUGAGUGCGGCUCUUAUUCCCGCCAUACUGAACCUCGUAUAUCCAGAGAGUCCACAAAACGAAGCGGAAAACUCCAAAUGGAAACUCGCGCGGCGCGUAUUGUCAUUGGUCGCCAUGAUCACCAGCGUGCUGUCCAUAGCGUUCUGGGCUGUGUACGUUCAUAGGAUGGAAGGGGCGUGGCAGAAGGACUCCCCCGGCCUCCUCAUUCUGUUCAUAUUCGCCCCCAUUUUUGUGUCCAUCACGUGGUGGGAGAAUUUCGUUCCAAAGGGGGACAAGAACUCCAUCGGCCUCAAACGAAUAAAGCGCCAACUGCACAACUGCAAGACCAAGGUCUAUCUGAUCGUGUACACGUGGAAAAUCGCCGUCACAAUUGCCAUGGUAACGCUCAUAUACAGCGUCGACUGUGCCGACGGAAACAGCUGCAUAGAAACGCUCUAUGAUGCACGACUUAACGCAACGCUGCAGUCCGACACGUUUGGGAAGACGUUGAUAGUUGAGAACGUCGUGUUUGGCGAAUGUUCGCGUUACCUGCCGCUUCUCGUCGCCGCCGUGAAUAUCGUGUCUAGCUUUGCGUGUUAUAAGUGUUGUGUCGCCGCCAACAAGAUCCUCACUCAGAUCCCGAGUUUCUCGUUGCCUAUCGUUUUGGCCACGCCCAUCUCGGUCACAAUAAUGGCCGCCGAGUUCUCGCGAGACGAGCUAUCCAUGACCUCCGGGUGUUACCUCCCUUUUCCGAGAUGGACGGACGGACUCGCCUACGAUUGGUCCAUGAUUGUGGCGAGCAUCAUGGGAUAUAUGACAAUUGUCAUGGUGACAACUUACAUUUGGCGGCAGACGAAGGAGCGCAUGCAACAAGAAGACAGAAUGUUCGUUCAGCCGAUGUACUGUGGUGUUCUGUUGGAGCAGUCGAUGCUCCUGAACAGACGGAAAGACGAGGGGGACACGAAGGCCAUAGACGUCAAGAUGAAGGAGAGCGAGCUGCCGAUACCGGACAACUUGGAGACGUGGCGGCCCGGAGACGACUCCCGGAGCCCUCUGCGAGAAGACGACACGCCCUUCAUUUACCUGUGCGCCACUUUGUGGCACGAGACCGAGAACGAGAUGAUACAGAUCCUCAAGUCGCUCUUCAGGCUGGACACGGAUCAAUGCGCGCGAAGGAAUCUUCAGCUCUUCUUCGGUAUCCGUGAUCCGGACUAUUACGAAUUUGAGGCUCACAUAUUCUUUGAUGAUGCGUUUGAUUACGUCGACGGCGAGUCACGCGCCAAUGGUUACGUCAAGCAACUGAUGAAGACAAUUGAUGACGCAAUCAGAUCCGUCCACACUGCGGGUAUGAAGAUCCCGCCUCCCUCCAAGAUAGACACGCCGUACGGAGGUCGUUUGGUAUGGCGACUUCCGGGGGGUAACCAGAUGAUCGCGCACCUGAAGGACAAGCAAAAAAUACGUCACCGGAAGAGGUGGAGUCAGGUGAUGUACAUGUACUACUUCCUGGCCCAUAAACUGCUGUCGAUGGGCGGCGGAAAGGAGCGCAUCCGGACCGUGGCCGACCACACGUUCAUCCUCGCACUCGACGGAGACGUUGACUUUCAGCCGUCAGCGCUGCAGCUGCUCAUAGACCGGAUGCGGCGGAACCCAAACGUCGGCGCCGCGUGCGGCCGGAUACACCCGAUUGGUUCCGGGCCUAUGGUCUGGUACCAGAAAUUCGAAUACGCGGUGAGUCAUUGGCUGCAGAAAGCGACGGAGCACGUCCUUGGCUGCGUCUUGUGCAGCCCGGGUUGUUUCAGCCUCUUCCGGGGCUCCUCCAUCAUGGACGACAACGUCAUGAAGCGCUACACGACGCCACCCACCGAGGGACGUCAUUACGUGCAGUAUGACCAAGGAGAGGACCGCUGGCUGUGCACACUGCUGCUUCAGCAAGGAUACCGCGUGGAGUACUGUGCCGCCUCGGACGCUCUGACGUACGCACCGGAAGGUUUCUAUGAGUUCUACAACCAGCGCCGCCGCUGGACUCCUUCCACCAUGGCAAACAUCCUUGACCUUCUUAUGGAUUUCAAGAACGUCACCAAACGUAACAACGACAUCUCCAUGCUCUACGUCUGCUACCAGAUGCUCCUCAUGGUGUCAUCCAUUCUCACGCCGGGCACCAUCUUCCUCAUGGUCCUCGGCGCAAUCAACAUGGCGUACCCUCAGCUGUCCCUCUACUGGGCUCUCGUACUUAACCUGAUCCCUGUCGCCGUGUUUAUUCUAUUGUGUUUCGUUGCGAAGAGCGAUACUCAACUUGCUUAUGCCGCCAUCUUAUCGACGGUCUACUCGUUGGUGAUGAUGCUGGUGAUAGUUGGGCUUAUAAAGCAGGCGGCAGAGAACGGCUUCUGUUCCGUCACAACCGUCUUCCUCUGCUUUGUCGCCGGCGUGUUUAUCAUUGCUUCUUUCCUUCAUCCGCAGGAGUUCUGGUGCAUCGUGCACGGGUUCCUCUACUUCCUCGCCAUCCCAUCCAUGUCGAUGCUGCUGAUGCUUUACUCCAUCGGGAACCUACACGUGGUGUCCUGGGGAACCAGAGAGGCGCCAAAGCCCGCCGCAGCUCAAAAGCCUGGCGAGUCUGCUAAAGCCCCGCCCCCAAAGAAAGGGGCAGUGCAGGAAUGGCUUGAGAAGAUUGGCUUGGCCGACAAGGAGGGAAAAUCGGGAUAUAUGUUCGCUUUCGGUAACCUCUUUAGGUGUAUGUGUUGCCCACAAGAGACGCCGGACACCGGCGAUAUGAAACUGAACGCGAUCUUGGAACGCCUGGAUGACCUUGAAGCUAAGCUCGUUGACCCGCCCGCCGAUCACGUGAGCAAUCAAAACGAGACGCGGGGUCAUGUGACUUUUUCAGAAGCAUCGGACUUGUUCGAAGGUGCUAAAGAGAGAAUCAACCCUCUGUUUGAAGACGCAGAUGACGUCAGCAACCGGAAGCAGCGCCAACCGCUCCACUGGACACAGGACCCGGACUUCCGGGAUAGCAUUCCCGAGAGCAUCCCCUUAUCGGAAGUGACCUUCUGGCGGGAGCUUAUCGACACGUACCUGUUUCCGAUGGAAGGAGAUAAGAAGCAACAGGAAAAAACGCUGGCGGAACUGAUAGAACUGAGGAACACAGUGUGUCUCUUCUUCCUUCUCGUGAACGCACUCUUCGUGACGAUUGUGUUCUCCCUACAGCAAGUGAACGCCGACUCCGGUGGCAACAUCUCCAUACAGCUGCCCUGUGCCGAGGGCGGCCGCGGGGAGUCCAUUGAACCCAUCAGCAUCGCGUUUACCGCAGUGUUUGGGGUACUCCUGGCGAUACAGUUUCUAUGUAUGUGUAUUCACCGGAUGUCAACCUUCCUCCAAAUACUCUCCAUAACGGAAAUUGGACUAUGCACACCGAAACGCGCGAAGACAUCCGAAGACUCCGCUAUCACGGUCGAGAAGGGUCUGGAGUUAGUAAAAAGCAUGCAGGCGGUAAAAGACGACGACACCAAAUCAGUGGUUUCAUCGGCUGGAAGUGUCGCCGAAUCAACAGCUGACACCGCCGACACCGACGAAGCCGGCGGGGCGCAGAAUGGCGUUCGCCGAAAGGAGCUGUGGUCUAAACUUGCCCGUCGGCGUCGGGAACAACAGUACAGCACGCUGAGCAACACAUUCAUGAACAACUUCAAGUAA